CGGCUGCGCGAGAAAACAUUGCAGUAAAGAACUACAACUGAGAAGGUCAGGAUGGUGCAGAAAAUACUAAAUAAAUUCGUCGGUGCCAAAUACAUUACGAUUCUAAGGGCUUGGGUACCGAAUAUGGUUGCCUGGGGAACCGUUGGUGGAGUGGCGCUCAUUCACUUCACAGACUGGCGAUUGGUUCUGGACUAUGUGCCGUACAUUAAAGGGAAGUUCAGCAACGAUGACGAGUAAAGUUCCACGCGACUAAAUUGACCAGAACUUGUAAAUGGGCACUUGGGUGGAAUUCUUACACAACGCGAGCUUAAGUAGGACGCCGUGGCUCAACAAUCAGUCGCCGAGGGCCCGUUAGGAGUUUGGACGCCAAAACGCACUCUUGUAAAAAUGCUGCUUUUGAUCCGGUGUUAUUUAAUGUGAAUAAAUCCUCAAUUUACCCCAAUGUGUCAAGUUAUUCUGCAAAAUAUCAUCCAUUCAAGUGCUCUGUUUCUUUGAUUGAAGGUGACAGCCUUUUUAUAUUUGGAGAUCAGAGAUGGAAAAAAAGAGAUAUUCUUUCAUUGUCUUUUGCAUGGGGGCAUUUGAGAAAAACGUGGCUUUGUACAGCUGAUAUUUGCAAACUGUCUUCAAACUAUUUGUGCUGUAAAAGAACUGUGAAAUAAAAAUGUUAUUGCCGACACUG